AUGUCAGGCAAAGGAACUGGUCCGCGUUGACAGGCACCUGGCCUUGGGUCAUAACCUGUCAGGUGAAGAACUAAAGUCAAUGGUAAAACAGGCAAAACAAAACCAAGCCAAAGCAGCACUUCGAGAAUUCAAUAAAAGCAAACGAGAAAAGGUGGAUGAAAUCACCGACCUUAGAGCCGAAGUCAAGCGCCUACAGCGCGAAGUUGACAUAUUGAGUGAAGGGAGCAGCACACGGCCUUUGGCCCAUAAGGUUAAUUUUGAUGAAAAUGUACUGUCAAAAUUCAAGAGCACCCUUUACAGGAUAAAUAGCACAAAACGAGAGAGAGAAAAUGGAAAGCAACAAUUGGGCUACAUUAAAAAUUUCAUUGACUAUAUGUGGAAUCGACCCGAAGAGCCAGCCCCUGCCAAUUUGAAAUUUGUAAACAAUCCAAGCAGAAUUAAUUCUUGGAUCGAGAACCUAAAUCUUAAAUUUAAAGUUACUACCACAAAAAAUUAUUUAUUGGCUAUUAUAAAAUUCCUCCAAUUCGUUAUAAAUGAUAAUCCGCCGGUCGUUAAAUUGGGCCAAAAAUUUUUAAAAGGACUAGAACGGCACAUUAAGUAUCAGGUUCGGGUCCUUUCGAAAAGCAUAGUUAGUCACAGGCAGGGGGUGAGGGAUGAAAAAAGAGAGAGGAUGCCGCGAAGGGAGGAACUGGUAGCUCUGGCAACAGAGUUAAGGGGUGAAAUCCCCGCAACUCUUGAUGCUCUGGCUGGAGCCCACUACUCCAUUAAGAGAAGGAAUACUUGCAUUGGCGCUAUCGCCACCUACUUAUAUAUACUUACUGGGCACAGAGCCAGUGUCAUAAUAAACAUGACACUGGCUGAGUUUAAGAACGCCAAGGUGCAAGAAAACAGGGUAGUGAUUUCUGUUGCAAGCCACAAAACAUCUGGUACAUAUGGGAGGGCAUACAUCACCCUCAGCCUGAGGGAGCAUUCCUGGCUGACCCAAUUUGAAGACCUGAGACCCUUUCUGGCAGGUCACAGCAGGAGGCCAGAAACAUUUUUUUUUUUCCUCGUCCGGACAGCCUUUUUACAAAUUAGGCGAUCUAGUCAGGCAAACAUGUAAAGGGAAUGGUAUGCAGCGCUCGUUUACCAUUUCUGAUAUACGGACAGCAGUGUCUACUUGCAUCGAGAGGAACUUGCCACCGGAUCACCGGCGCUUGGUGGCCCGUCUCAUGUGUCAUACUAUAGACACGGCUGACCGGUUUUAUGUCGCAGACCCUGACAUCCAGGAUGUCCACCGCAGCCGUAAUUUUGUGGAGCAGGCAUUAGGCAUGGGGAAGCAUCCCCAGGCCAAAACCGGUCAGCCGUGUUUAGAAGAUGAGCAUGAGAUCACCAGGCCAGCACGGAGGUCACGCUUGAUUUUUGAGUCUUCCGAAGAAGAGGACGUGCCUCCAGGACCGCUGCCUUUAUCUGCAAUGGAAAUUGAGGCACAACAAGCUCCAGCUCCCACGGUACCUCCCCAGGAAGAGCAUACGGAGGAAGAGACAGGCGAACUAUUCUCUGACCUGGGAUUGAAUCUUGAAACUCCCGAGAAGGCAAUCUGUCAAUUUGAUCUCGACGAGGAGGAGGAGGAGGAAUGGGAAAGUGAGGAGGAGGAUACUGACUCUGAAAUAAAUUCUCCCCUACCAAAAGUGGUCAAGAAAGAUAUAAAGAGUGGCGUCUGUAGGAGGAGAUUAUCCUAUCCAGAAUCGCUGAAGAAUGAAGUGGUGUCGUGCUUUGCCGCAUACUGGCAUGAGCCAAUAACAACUAGUACUGUAAGCAUGUGCAAGCAAACUUUAAUGUCCAUUGUUGCUGAAUAUUAUAAACAGAACUCAAGGAGAAUGCUCUCUUUUCAGAUCAACACAGUACUAAACAACAAUAAAGGACUUCUAGAGAGGUGCAAAGACAUGGGCCUCACAAUUGAUAACUUUAGGGGCCUGAUUAAAACCUUACAGAAGGACACAAAGGGAGAUGGAGAAAUAGCAGACAAUGAGGAACCUAAUGUGUAAGGUUUUUUUUGUCAGUGUAAUUGUUAGACUUUUUUUUGGAAAAUUUCUAUUGAGCCCCUUGGUCUUUGUCUAUAAAAAAGAUUCUGUAUAACAUAGCCCAGGCACUAACUU